CGUUCACAUAUCUCGGCCUUGUUCAACAGCACUGGACGCACGCAACCCGUCUCAUGCAACUCUAGGCUAUGGCAUACACUAUUUGGAAGUUGGUGUUUCUGCCGCAAGCACGCUUGUGAUGGUUGGCCGUUCGCUGUUUGUCAAAGAUCCAUGUACGUCGACAGCCACAACACGUGAUGUUCGCUCAGCUUCCUGAAGAGGCAGUGAGCUACGUCGUCCAGCCUCGACACCGCGUCGUGCUUGAACCCUGCAGCAGCAUGGUCCCGCCAAACCCUCCAACAAUCGGACAAACAGAUGCAUCGAAGCGAUCCAGGAAACAACGCACUCUCAAACAAAUGCAUGCAAGCGAUAUGGCGGCCUCCGUUCCAGCUGUGUACAUCCGUGGGGGCACAAGUAAAGCUUUGUUUUUCCAUGAAUACGACAUACCACCAGCCGGAGCAGCUCGGGAUCGCUUCCUGAUGCGGGUUAUGGGUUCUCCAGAUCCCAUGCAGAUUGAUGGCAUGGGAGGGACAUAUCCUGUCACGUCGAAAAUAGCCAUCAUCCGCCCAUCUGAGCGUGAGGAUGCCGAUGUCGACUUCAUCUUUGUGCAAGUGUCUGUACAAGAUAGUUUCGUUGAUUACAACGCGGGCUGUGGGAACAUCUCUGCGGGAGUUGGUCCCUUUGCAAUCAACGAAGGACUCGUUAAGGAGAGGCGAAUCACGGAUGUUGUCGAGAAUUACACGACGCAGGAAGUAAGGAUGUUCCAGCCACUCUCCACAAAGAAGGUCCUGGUAGCACAUGUUCCGAUCGAUGUACGGACUGGCCGAUUCGUAGAGAAGGGCGAUUAUGCCAUCGCUGGCUGCCCAGGUACUGGCUCACCGAUACUCAUGGACUAUCGUCAUACUGUUGGUGGAGCUGUCAAGCGAGGACUCAUGCCCAACGGUGAGCCGCUGUCGAAAAUGCAAUUAGAUGAUGGCAGGGUGAUUGAGUACACUAUCUGCGAUGCUGCGCACAUCAUAGCCUUUGCACGAGCUAGCGACUUUGGCUUGCAAGGUGACGAGCACCCCAAGAAGAUCAAUGAAGACCGCACAUUACUGGCUUUAGUACGAGAGUUUCGUGGCAAGGCAGCUCACAACGUAGGCAUGUGUCGGAGUCCGGAAACAGUCGACCAAGACUCACCAAUCCUACCAAUGGUCGCUCUUUUGUCUGAAUGCCCAGAUGGCGAUGGAGCACAUAUUCAAUCGAGACUAUUUCUUGAUAAUGCUUGCCACUCCGCAAUGGCUGGCGCUGGAGCGACCUGUACGGCCGCUUGCAGUCGUGUUCCCGGCAGCUUGGUGGCGAAGAUCAUGAGAGAGGGCGCCGAGAACGACGGCAUCUUCAAUGUGAAGCAUCCUGGUGGAGUGUUGCCGAUCACCAUUGCCACGCGUGAGGGCCUCGGAGACGGUGAUCCAGCUUUCGAGACUCUGUCUUUCGGUCGUACUGCAAGGUACUUGUUUCGGGGUGAGGUCUUCGUACCAGAUGAUCUACAAAGGAAUUGAAGGUGAAGCUACUUAGUGGAUGCAUGCUUCAGCUGGUAAUCUUGAGGUGCUGGAGAGGACAGAUGGCAGAACGUCCCAUUUUCAUGUGCUUGAAUGCCGCACUUCUAGGCAGGGUCGUCCUCCAAUGUGACCCCCAAG